CACGACUCGACCACCACAUCUCGCCGUCGACACUCUCGAUGCCCGCCGACGAACGAUAGCACUUUGCUCCAAUGCACCCGGUCGUCUCUCUGAUCGUGGAGAAUGCGCGUAAACACCACCAUCUCCUCGUCCCGCUGCUCUUCGCCGUCCUCGCCGCCGUCGCAGGCGUCCACGGCCCAGUCCACCACCAGCUGCUCGUAGCUUCCGUUUCAUGGGCGCUCGUAUGGAUACCGACUAUCUUCCGCGCGGGGUUGUGGACGAGCAAUGCCGGAAAGAGGAGGACUACAGCCUCGCUGGCGGGCGGGUUCCUGGCCCUGUCGCUCAUAUGCGACAGGGCUGCGUGCGAUAAGGAGGGCAUCUGGUCGACAAAGGGUUUCCUUCCGCUCGUCGUUGUGUUCAUCUCGGAAAACGACUUGCUGUCCAAGCAGGUGGGACUACCUACGUACGCUCCUGUUGACGAUUCCCCCACCGAGAGCAGCUUCAACCGCGAGCAUUUAUCGCAUCCGAGGUCAUUCAGGCUGCUCGCUAUAAUUACAAUCUCCGCCUCCGUCAUACUCGCGACUCCCUUUAGCACGUCGCCAGCCUCCGCGCUCGGAAUCAGUAGCGUCAUCUUCGCCGCGACCGGCAUCGUACUCUUCGAAAGCGCCCUAAAGUCGAGUAAGGAUGAGGGGCAUUCCGGUAGAAGAGGGCUCAUGUCCGCUAACGGCACCUUCUCGCGCCGCAAUUCCGCCAGCGCUGGCCAGAAAGAGCAACCCCUCGGCGGGCUCAGGGACGUCGCAGCGGUCAUGACGGUAAUGUGUGCGAUCGCCACGUACCUGAUGGAGCCUGCCAUCACACCGGAUGCUAUCUCGUGGGAGCCCGUCUACAGAGAGUUGAACGGGGACUGGAAAACGCUGCACCAUCAUAGGACCAUGCAGCAGAUCCUCAUGAUGGUUUGCGUUAAUGUUCUCGUGAACGUGUUAAUGUUUGUCAUGCUUCUUCAGCAAGGCGCUGUACAUACUUCAUUCUUGUCCUUAUUUUCGUACAUAUGCGCUAGGCUAAACCUAGCGGCAUCUUUUUCGGGUAUAUGGUUCACCAUCGUAUAUGCGUCAUCGGCACUUCUGUUUCUAUACGGUGCUUCAUCUUCUACAUCAUUUGUGGAUAUUCGGAGUUCGAUACGGUUUAGACGAGUCCUCAUUGGAGUUACGGCGCUUUCGAUCGGACUGCUACUUUUUCGACAUGCAGCUGGGAGACCAUCCUAUGUCUCGCCACGCAAGGACGCUUCGGGUUUCUAUGCGUUUCCUCCAGAGACGCCAUUCGCUCCGGUCCCAAUGGAUUUAAAGAAGGGGCAUCCCGCGGCCCAGCUGAUAGAUUCCGCCGAGAAGGAAUUCCAAGACCUGCUCAACAGGCAAUCCAAGAGCUUGGCAGAGGCUGUGAGGGAAUAUCGGCGGCGAAACGGCAUCGCGCCCCCACCCCAUUUCGACAAAUGGUAUGAAUUUGCGACUCGCAAUGGAGUUGUUCUCAUCGACGAAUACGAUACUGUCACACGAUCCCUGCUGCCGUACUGGGCGGUGAAGCCUUCGACCAUUAGAGCGCGCAUAAAGAAUGCUCUGGGCCACGAAGAUAGCGCACUAAUCGGGAUGAUGAUACGAGAUGGUAAUGUGGCCAAGAUUGAGGGUGGACCGGAAUGGCAACAGCAGGCGACGACCGGAAUGAUGAAAGACUUCAUCCAAUAUCUCCCUGACAUGGAUCUUGGCUUCAACAUCCACGAUGAGCCGCGAGUGGUAGUCCCCAACGACCAUCUAUCCGCCAUGGUCGCGAAAGCCCGAGACGCCGUACUUCCCGGCGUCAUGAAGAAUGAAAAGCCUCGGAAUUCCUUCUCGAAGCGCCCUCUGGACAUGAACGACGGAAAACAGUUCGAAGAAGCCCAGACAACUCGCUUCAACCGUUUUGCCCACCAGCAGACCUGGACGCACGCACGCCUCUCCUGUCCCGCAAACAGCCAGGCGCAAAACUUCGAAGACCAACCGCCCGACAAUCUCACCUCCUAUGCCGCAUCCCCCCUAAAAUACGUCUACAACCAUACCGCCUUCUCUGACAUCUGCAACUCGCCCUCGCUCUCCUCCACAUUCGGCUUCUUCGAGCGCCCCAACGCCUUCAACAUCAUCCACGAGCUCACGCCCGUUUUCUCGCAGUCCAAGAUCUCCAGCUUCCAGGACAUCCUAUACCCGAGCCCGUGGUACUGGUUCGGCAAAGUCGGGUACGACGAGGACCACGAUACUAGCUGGGAGAAUAAGACAAAUAGCUUGUAUUGGCGCGGCUCGACAACGGGCGGGUUCAGUAGGAAUGGUGGAUGGAGGAGACAGCACCGUCAACGGAUAGUGAGACGCCUGAAUGCGCCGGAUAAGGUUGGCAUGUUCAUCAACAAGAGCGGUAACGACAAGAAUCCCGAAUAUGAAGUCCAAGAAGUGGACCGCAGAGACUACAAGAAGCUCAUCGACGUCAAGUUCAGCCACAUUGGGCAGUGCGACCCCGGAGACUGCGACGCGCAGAAGGAAUUCUUCGAGCUUACGGAGCGGGUAGAUGGGCAAGAUGCGUGGUACUAUAAGCACCUGCUCGAUAUGGAUGGGAAUGCUUUCUCGGGCCGCUUCUACUCGUUUCUCCGGUCGAAAUCGCUGACGUAUAAAAUGGCCAUCUUCCGCGAGUGGCACCAGGAGUGGCUACGGCCAUGGGUGCAUUACGUCCCACUGUCUCUGAUUGGCGACGAGCACCUCGACCUCGUGCGGUGGUUUAGUGGUCCCGAUCGGCCGCAAGCACCAGUCGACGGAGACGUCGGGCACGACGCCAGGAAAGGCGGAAACGGUGACUCGCUCGGUGAGAGAAAGGCGAGGGAGAUUGCGGAGAGGAGUAGGGAAUGGGCGGAUAAAGUGCUUAGGAAUGUGGAUUUCGAGGCCUGGUUCUUCAGGCUGCUUCUAGAGUACGGCAGGGUCAUCGACGAUGAUAGGGAGAAUAUCGGCUAUGCUGGUCCUUAAUUAACGACCAUGAUGGACGGACUGUGUAUACUUGGAGUUCGGUGUUGUGCAUGUGUGGAUAGAAUUUUAGCGAGGCAUUCACUCAGUGUAUAGACUGGCGUUAGCUCUAUGGUAUGGUAAUGUAUGUAAUUCGGGAGAUGGGGCAUGGUUGGUUUGUUGAUAACCCAGUUAGCUCUUCAGUUUAUAUUAGCCUAUCAAGAGGAAAAGUAUGAACACCUCCUCCC